AUGCCCCUGGGCUCAUACGGUGAAUGGUCCGCCGAACUGAAGGAGUUAAAGAGAAGAACCAAAUGGGGCGGCAUUCUCGAACCCGGCAAAUUCUACUCGCACAAACCUGUUGAUCGUUGGCACUAUCAUGUUUACCAGCAGUAUGAGAAGACAGAAACACCGAGGAACCCGAUUGUAAGUCGGUGCUUCAACGGAGACAUUCAUGGCGAUAUUGCGGUGGUUAGGUCGUCUGAUGUGAGAGUCAAUGACUACUCUGAAGAGUUCUCCAGGACAGAAUUGGUUCGCACGUUGGAGUAUUACAAGAAUAUACACGACGGAGAUGAAGCUCACAAGCGGUCCAAAGCUAGCAUGGCUGCUACUAUGGGGGGUGUCGGCGGAGGCUUUCGAUAG